AUGGCCUCCAACGAAGAGUCCCUCGACCGUCUGAAGCAGUUGGAAGAGCAGUUCGAUGCACUGCGUAGGGCAUUCGAGGCGCUUGCCGUUCACGUGCCACCAGAGCUCUCACUGGAGAUCGCGACAAGAUUUGGCCUUGACUGGUUCAAGUCCGGGCACUCCGAAAACGCCUUUGAGUUGCCGCUUCCUACUCCGUCAGACGAUCUCAAACGGUGUCGAGCUGCGGGUUAA